AUGCCUUUUGGGCUCAAGAACGCAGGGGCCACCUAUCAAAGAUUGGUAAACCAGAUGUUCGAGAAGCAAAUCGGGAGAAAUAUGGAGGUUUAUGUCGACGAUAUGCUCGUCAAGAGCAAGGAGGAAGAAAACCAUCUGGACGACCUUAGAGAGACGUUCAAUACUCUCAAGCGGUACAGCAUGAAACUCAAUCCGUCCAAAUGCGCCUUUGGAGUUUCCUCGGGAAAGUUUCUCAGGUUUGUAGUAUCGCAGAGAGGGAUUGAAGCAAACCCCGAGAAAGUCAGGGCCAUCCUGGAAAUGUCUUCACCCAGGACGGUCAAAGAAGUACAGUCCCUCACAGGGAGAAUCGCGGCCCUCAAUAGGUUCGUCUCAAAAGCCACGGACAAAUGCCUCCCAUUCUUCAAGACUUUGAAGAAGGCGUUUUCGUGGACGGAGGAAUGCGAAACGGCGUUCCAAGAGCUGAAACGAUAUCUUAGCAACCCGCCCCUCUUAAGCCCGUCCAAAGAAGGUGAAGAUCUAUUCCUGUACUUAGCCGUCUCGGUCACGGCUGUCAGCGCAGCAUUGAUUAAAGAAGAUGAUGGUUUGCAACUUCCCGUGUAUUACGUCAGCCAGGCCUUCCAUGGUGCCGAGGCGCGGUACCCUCGUAUAGAGAAGAUCACAUUCGCCCUGAUUAUGGCUUCGAGAAAACUUCGUCCAUAUUUUCAAGCCAAUCCCAUCAUCGUGAUGACGGAUCAGCCUAUAAAAAAGGCAAUGAACAAGCCCGAAGCGGCAGGAAGAAUGGUGCAGUGGGCAGUCGAGCUCAGCCAGUUCGACAUAAAAUAUCAUCCAAGGACGACGAUAAAAGCACAGGCACUGGCCGAUUUUAUAGCGGAAUUCACCAUCCUUGAAAUCAUAAAGAACAUCUGGACGGUUAAUACUGACGGAUCGUCCACUCAACGAGGAGGCGGAGCAGGCAUCGUCCUCACUUUCCCAGAAAAGAACGUCCUCAAGUAUGGAGUCCAACUUAAAUUCCCCGUAACCAAUAAUGAAGCAGAAUAUGAGGCCUUGUUGGCGGGGUUGAGAGUAGCCCGGGCCCUAGGAGCUGAGAAUGUUGUACUUAAAAGCGAUUCCCAACUUGUCAUUGGACAAGUAAAAGGGGAGUACGAAGCAAAGGAGGCAAGGAUGCAGAAAUACCUCAAGCUGACGAACCAAUUGAUCAGCUCUUUUAAUCACAUAGAGUUCGUCCAGAUCCCCAGGGAUCAGAAUGCAGAAGCUGAUGAGGUGGCCCAAAGUGCCUCGACGGAGAACGAAAGUAAGAGGUGUGGUUGGAAGAUAGAAGAACAAAACUAUCCUAGCAUACAGAAACUCCAAAUUUCCUCCGUCCACACAGACCAUGGAUGGACGAGCCCGAUAUUCACAUUCCUUCAAGAAGGACGACUAUCGCCUGAUCCAGAAGAAGCUAAAAAGGUACGGAAUCGAGCAGCCAGAUUUACGAUCCUUAAUGACGAACUCUACAAAAGGGGCUACUCCCAACCGUAUCUGAGAUGUGUUGAAAAGGAGGAAGCCAGGUACAUCCUUGAAGAAGUACAUGGGGGGAUCUGCGGAGAUCACACGGGGGCAAAGUCCCUCGUCAGGAAGAUCAUGAGAGCAGGCUACUUUUGGCCAACAAUGCAACGAGACGCAGCUGAUUUCGUGAGGACGUGUGACAGUUGCCAAAGAUAUGGGAAUGUUCAAAGAAUCCCCGGGGAAAAGAUGACCACAAUAUCGUCUCCAUGGCCAUUCGCACAGUGGGGGAUCGACAUCGUGGGCCCCUUACCUCCGGGAAAGAGACAGAUGAAGUUCCUGCUCGUCGCCAUCGACUACUUCACAAAAUGGGUGGAGGCAGAAGUACUGGCAACAAUCACCGAAGCAAAAGUCAUUUUGCUCGAGCUUGGGCAUCAAGAACAAGUACUCAUCACCAGGUCAUCCCCAGGCCAACGGACAGACGGAAGUAACCAACCGGACCUUGCUCAAGAUCAUCAAGUCCCGGUUGGUGGGGGCAAAAGGAAUGUGGCCUGA